CUCCCUGCAUCACUCUCUCUAUCUUCUCUUUGUUUGGUUUCAUGGAGGUGCAACAACAGUUAUCCCUAAGCUUUUGGGACCAAGACUCCACUUCUUCCUCCCUAAACAUUGGCCUUAAGCAUGAACAUCUCAUUAGGUCUCUUCCUUCCAAGUUCACAGAAUCCACUGAACCAGUCCUCACUUCUCUCCAACUCAAGACCUUUGUCAAGCAUUCCAACAACAACACCAAGUCUUCUUCCAAAACUCUAGAUAUCUCUCAGGUGGAGGUUCAGUCAGGAGGAACAAGAUGGAAUCCAACACAAGAACAAAUAAGAGCAUUAGAAGCACUUUACAAAGGCGGUAUGCGAACACCGAACGCAAACCAGAUUGAACGAAUCACUAUCGAGCUCGGGAAAUACGGGAGGAUCGAAGGGAAGAAUGUUUUCUAUUGGUUUCAGAAUCACAAAGCUCGCGAACGGCAAAAACAGAAGCGUAGUGCUUUGCUUAGUUUGUCGAAUUCAUCAACAGUGUCUCAUCCUCCCCCAUUAAUGUCACUCUUCAUUGAAUCAAGGGGAGAAGAAGAAGAAGAAGAAGAUAAAAAGGAAUGGUGUGAUGGGAAUAAGAAGAGGAGGUGCAGGAGCUGGAGUGAAGAGUUGGAAGUGGAUGAAGAUGAAGGUGAUGGGACAUUGGAGCUGUUUCCUUUGCAUCCAGAGCUUGGAAGAUGAAGUACAUUAAAUGGAUAAAUAGAUUGUUAGAUAGAUGAUAAUAAUAAUAUUAAUAAGAGUUUAAGACUAGUGUUUCUUUUUUCUUGUUUCUUGGUUUCUUGGUUUCUUGUUCUUUUUUCUUUUUUUUUAAUUGUUUUUUAUUGCAUGUUUGUGAGGAAGA